UAGAGCACUUGAGUUGAAAGUUGAGCAGCUGUCCGUGACGGUCACUGUCGAACCGGAAGAGACGAAGAAAUAUGUGAAUUUCCUAUGAAUCUCUUUGAAAAAUCAUUGCUGAAUCAUGGCCUUUGUUGAUGAAGAUCUGAGUAUUAAAGAAAGGUUUUCUCUUUUGCUGCUUGACCCGGGUGAGAUAUACUUUGAAGACUUCAGCGUUUACUUCUACCCAACUGGACUCAAAAGCAUAUCAGAAGAGGAAGCUACAAGGAGGCGAUGCAGAGGAAGACUGAAGAUUUGUUCCAAAUCGAUCGUCUUUGAUCCCCAAGAUGUCUCCCAACCUAUCAUGAAGUUUCCCCUUCGAAGUUGCAUCAAGAUUGAGGAAUGGAGCCCGCCUCUCUUAUCCAAGAUUGGAUCAAAGCGGGACACUCUAUUCAUCCAGACCCCUCAAACCAUUCAAAUGAAAGCUGGCAAUGAAAUAGGGCCUUACAACUUCAAAAAGGGUGAUAGCCAGUAUUUUUUCACCCUGAACUUUGGGACAGCUGAAGAUGUGGUACACCCGGCUAAUCAGCUGGCCAGAGCAGCUACUCUUCCUAUGGCGGAUCAAGAUGCUAUGAUUGCAACCAUCGUGUACUCCAGGCAGAAGAGGGUGAAGUUUGACACGAGUCGUCUUGAGAGCCUCUACGAGACCAUCGUCGUGGAGAUGGUAGGGGAGCGCAUCACUCCACUGGUGGUCAAUCCAGGUCGCAUCAUGGUCACAUCUACUAUACUCUACUUUCAGCCGUUUAAUAAUGUAGAACCAGUGCCUGUUAUGAAGAUCAAGCUUUCUGAUAUCAAGAGACUAGUGAAGAGGCGGUUCCUAUUGAAGCAUGUGGGCCUGGAGGUGUUUUGUGAUGAUUCGAUCCGGUCCAAUCUAUUCCUAGUGCUUUCUAAACCAGAGGAGAGAGAUGAACUAUACGCCAAGGUCGUUGAACAGCCAGGUGUCAGGUUACAAGAAUCGGGACAGGAGAACAUGAUGUUGCUAUGGCAGAAUAAAGUUAUCUCAAACUUUGACUACCUCAUGUACUUAAACAGUCAAGCUGACCGCAGUAUCAAUGACAUCACACAGUACCCAGUCUUCCCAUGGAUCUUAGCAGACUACACAAGCCUUGAACUUGACCUCAGUGACCCUUUGACCUUUCGUGACCUCAGUAAACCAAUCGGUGCCAUUAACACCAAGAGACUUGAGAGAUUCAGGGAGAGAAGGAAAGACAUGCCAGAGCCUAAGUUCCUCUACGGUUCCCACUACUCUACUCCUGGGUAUGUCUUGUAUUACCUGGUGAGGGUAGCUCCGGAAGAGGCACUCUGCUUGCAAAAUGGCAGGUUUGACCAACCAGAUAGGCUCUUUAAAAGUGCGGCCGAGACGUGGAACAACGUCCUUUCCCUGCCUUCCGAUGUGAAGGAGCUGAUCCCUGAGUUCUACCAGCCUGAGAUGUCAGAUUUCCUCAUCAAUCGGAAGGGUCUUAAGCUGGGAACAUGUCAGGAUGGCUCCACGGUAACCAACGUUGUGCUGCCCCCUUGGGCCGAUGAUGAAGCUGACUUUUGUAGGAAGUGUCGUCAGGCAUUGGAGAGUGACUACGUCUCGCAUCAUCUCCAUCACUGGAUCGAUCUUAUCUUUGGCUAUAAACAGAAAGGUCCGGAAUCAGAGGCAGCUGAUAAUGUUUUCUAUUAUCUCACGUAUGAAGGUGCUAUAGACUUAGACAGCAUAUCAGACCCAAAUGAGAAGGCGUCCAUGCAAUCUCAGAUCAUGGAGUUUGGACAGACCCCCAAGCAGCUGUUCACCAAGCCCCACCCUACAAGGUUCUCUGCGCCAAACCCAGUGGCAGCGGUGGGAUCGACAGAGCAGGAAGCCACACAGAGAAGCAACCAAUCCUUUAUAGGCAAAGUAGAGACUUCACCUCGCCCUGAACUCCCCUCCUCCUCUUCCUCCUCGGCGUCGGCUGGGCCAGUGCAGGAUCAGCCAGAGGGGGCGCCAUGCAGCUGGGUGAACGAUAGCAGCGUCUUGCCACCACAUUCCAUUCAAGAUUCGGGUCAUUUAGAAAAUUCUAAGCCUUCUCUUAGUCAAAUCUCUCCUCGUUCACCUUGGGAAAGAAUAACGCAGCUGCAGCCAAGCUUCAGCUACAAAUUACACAAAGAUUCUGUGUGUGAUCUAAAGCUUUCAAGUAACAACAAUACAGUCUUCUCAGUCUCCAAAGAUACGCAGCUGAAGAUGUACUCGUUUGAAGACCAACGUCAGCUGCGGAGCGUCAGCCUCUCCAACAUGGCCCUGUCCAGUGUGAUAAUCACCCCUGACGACAAGAAUGCACUCAUUGCAUCAUGGGAUAACUCAAUAUAUGUAUACUCAGUGGACUAUGGGCGUGUCUUGGAGGUAAUCCCCGCCCACGACGAUGCAGUCUCCGCCCUCUGCUGGCAGCAGGGCUCUUCCAUCUUUGCGUCUGCCUCCUGGGAUUCAACGGUCAAGCUAUGGGCAGGCGAGGGCCUCAACGGAGGGGGCCAGAGGAUAGUGGCUGAUGUUCUCACAGAGCUAGAUCAUGAUUCAGGGGUAACCUGCACAGAACUGAGCCAAGAUGGCAGCCUCCUCCUGACUGGUACCAAGGACGGGGACGUCAACCUGUGGAACGUCGAACACCAGGUAGCGCUACGUCACUUCCAGAGCCACCAUGGACCAGUCAAUGUUGUGAUAUUCAGUCCUGAUUGUCAACAGAUGGCUUCUGCCGGUCAGGAUAGCUAUAUCCGAGUGAUCGAUGUAAACACAGGCACAGAGGUGUUUGCUAAGGAUGGGGAACAUGAAGUGAGGUGUUUAUGUUGGCGAGAUCAUAUUCUUUUCGCCGGUGAUGGAGGUGGGAAUCUUAUGGUGUGGGACAUGGCCAAGGCUCAGUUAGUAGCAUCAUUCAAUCAACAUAUAGGAGCAGUAAACUGUAUCCAGGUAUCAUCUGAUGGUUCCACAGUGGUUACAGGAGGUCAGGAUGCAAAGAUCAUCGUCUGGAAAAGCUCAUGAGAACUCACCAACUAGUGUGCAGAGCCGCACUCGGGCUCAGUUUUACACAACUUGAUGGCAUGCAGAACUGCUCUGCUUAAAGCAAGAUGGGCUUGAACCGAUACACGUGCAGUCUGAAGUUGGACAGUUCUUUAUUAACAUCCAGUCAACACACAUCGGUUUGUAGAUCAUCUGAAUGAUGAACAAUAAUAUUUGAACAAGAUGGGCAUCAAGUCUAUUCAAAAUGACAUGAUUAAAUGCCCUUCUAUUUUAAUAAUAGCAAAUAAUAUACUGAUAAGAGAUUGUGGCUUAAUUAAUCCACAUACAUGUAUGAUUAAACCCAUUGCCUCUGGAAACGGGAUGGGUCCUGUUUUAAGAUAAUGGGAAUGAUAGAAUUCUGGAGUGAACAGGUUAAUACGCUUCUGACUAUAAAGAGAUGAUACACUGAUUAGAAAUAGAAGUUUUGGCAAUACUUAUUUUAAAUGUGUGCUGUUUUGAGAAGAGGUUGUUUAUAGAGAGGUAGGCACCAUCUUUGAGUACUUAAAAACUCCUUCAUGGAUUCCAUCUUGAUGUCACCCGUAUCAUGCUCUCUAGAUUCUUACAUACUGUACUUAUUCUUGUAUUGCUUUUAGCUCACUUAUGUAAUAUGUUUUGGGUAUAACCUGUGAGGUACACUGAAUGUCAAUGCAACAAGUUGAUCAGAAGCAUAAUCAUCUCAAUUUAUUUGAAGUGUUCAUCUGUUAUAUACUUAGGUUGGGGUCCAAGGGAGUAUAUGUUAUGCCAAAGUCAAAUUAUAUUCAGGGGAUAAGGUCACAGGAACUUUAUUAGAUUUUAAGCUGCAUUUUAGUAUCUGUAAACUGUUGUAGUUAAAAUGCUUGUGGCAAAGUUUAAUUGAGUUUGAUAUCAUAUUUACAUUCCAUCACACACAUGAAUAGUAGGUAACUUUGCAUUGAAUAUGAUUUAAUUGUAUUUUCAGAAGAGAGAAAUUGUUGUAUAUAUUUUUGGUAUUAUAUUCGGUGUAGGCAUUAGAGGGGGAAAUUAUAUAUGGGCAAGGCUGCCCAAAUUGUUAUUUUGUUGUAUCAAUGAUUUUGUCUAAAAUCUCAAAGUUGCCGAUUUAUGGCCUUUUAUUUUUUAAACCAGUAGAUGUAUUUCAUUUUACUCCUUGUUAAAAACAGAUGAACAAUAUGUAGAUGGUCUUAUAGCAAUUUUUAUGUGAGUUAAGUUAUCACAAAAAUUACAAUUGUGUAUAUCUGGGAUGUUAAGAAUAUUAACAUGCCAGGGCCUCAUUUCACAAAACUUGUCAUCAGUGACAAACAACAGUUUUUUGUAAUGAGCUAGUGAAGUCCUUGCUUCUGAUUGGUUAUCAGCAGAAUUGUCACCGAUUUUUGUCAUUUGUCAUUGAAAAAAAGCUUUGUGAGACGGGUCCCAGAUCUAAUAUUAUUGAAACUCUUUUAUAUCCUCAUCCUUAGGCAAGAAGGUGUAAAGAGAAAUUCAAAUCAAAUCAGUUUGAAUAUGCAAUGUAUUUAAUUAAUCUUCUUUGAAUUUUCUGUAUUUCUUAUUUAUGAAUUAAAGUGUAAUAUUCAUGCCUAUUUGCCAAUACUACCCAACUCACACUUUAUGUUGUAUCAAUGUAGACCCAUUGUAAAGGAAAAGGAUAAUAUGUGAAGUAAUUAAGCCGUGUAUCUACAGGAGGUGGUAAAAAAAAAGAAAGAGAUCCAUCAAGGCGACAAACAAUGUGUAUUGCAACUCCUCUGUCAGUAGCCUACGCAUCAAAGCCCUCAACUAAUUUUCUUUUUAUUAUACCAAAGUGCCUCAUGCAUUUUCUUCUUGCUGAAGUGUUUUCCAUUAUCAGUCAGUGUUGAUUUUUCUUUGCAAUGGAGCUUUUGCAAUCUUUGUCUAAUAAAGACAAAAAAGUUCAUGGAAGGUUAUUUCUUCGGUGUUUACUGACAGUUUUACAAAUGAAUGCAACGAUUUAAAUUAAUUAUUACCUAGCUAAAGUAAAGAACAAUUACAUAUUUGUUCGAACUUGAUUUCCAGCAACCAUAUAUUGUUGUAGAGGUACCAUAUAUCAAAUGAACUGGCCAAUUAUUAAAAGGCAACAACAUCUGUAGCAAAAAUACACAUGAUCAUUAUAUUUUGAAGAAAACAAUUAGGGAGGAUUUAGACUUUACUGUAGAAAGCAAGUUCUUGUUUUGCGAGACAAGUCUUUUUGGAUUAGUUCCUGUAAACUAACUAUGUAUGUGUAGGUAUGAUGAUACAAUGUAAUCGAAUCUAACCUUAAUUAGAAAUGCCAAGCAGUUCAUAUUGGAAGAUGACCCGUUGUAGAUGUAAACAAAAACCAGAAGUAUGUUUAAUUCACCUUGCUAACACUAAUUAUCUAAUCUACUUAAAAAUGUAUAACUCCAGUGGGGAGGUUGUAUUACCGGUUUUGAAAGAAUGAGCCAUCUAAUAUUUGCAGUAAUCUCAAAUCUUGCUGUACAUGUAUCUAAAUGUAUUUUGUUACACUGUAUAAUGUGUUCCAUUUGAUUUUGUGAAUCCUAUACCCUGGAACGGUCCGAUACGACUCGAGAUGUAUCAAGUAUUUAUUCAUUCAGAAAGCAAAUUAUGCAGAAUUUUCUUAUCCACAUUUUGAAUGCUUAACUUGCCAAUAAUGGCCUUUUUAAAUUGAAACAGGUACGAGGAAAAAAAUGCACUUGGUUUACAUCUUUUGUUCAUGUACAGCCAUGGCCUAUGAUUCAUAAUUUUGUCAAUUUGAGUACAUCUGUUACCAAAAGAAUUUAAAAGAUUCUACACACAGUACAUCGCAUUACAUGUAUAGAAAAUACCAAUAUUUUGUUUCCUUAUAAGGGAGUUUACAGAUACAAUCUGCGCAUGGGCAGAUAAAGGU